UUCUUUUUCUUGACGUUGCCAUUUUGCAACGUGAGCCACUUUCGCAGCUCGUCCCUGUUUGACCCUAAGGGACCCACUUGGAAUCUUACAUAGGUAUCCAGUGUAGGUAUGGAUGAUUUGGGCCAGAGGCAUUCAGCGCGAUAUGAUAACGAUGGUCAACGAAGUGACAGUGUCUACGGCAAGGGUCUUACACCGAGCAAUUCCUUCGUCUUGUCGGAUGAUUUUGGCGACAAGCCUGACGACCAGGAGUAUCAUAAUCCGCAAUGCGGCAUCACCACCGGUUACAUGGACAUAGGAGAGCAGUAUUGUGAUGACGUCACUACAGUACACACGGAAGGCAAUAUUGAUGACAGUUCCUUGAAUGACCCUAUGCAAGCUGGUACUAUGCUCUACGAUUACUCCCAGGAAUACUGUCAAACGGGCCACAUGGGAACCACGGAUAGCUACGACUCAAGGAACGUUGACGGUUAUGGCUCCCCGUUAACUGGGAAGGACCCAGCCACUAACAUACCGCGAUCUAUGUCGGGAGGUUUCUCUGGUGGUAUGAUAGGCACUUCAGCACCAAGCAUGACCGGGACGCAUGAAACUAUCGAAGAUCCCAGUAGCAACUACUGGUGCGGCUAUCAAAUGACACCACCUCCCUAUGGAACAACUCCACCUGGGACUGCUCAGCAAUACCCGAGGACGGUGACUCGCUAUGGGAACUAUCGAUACGGUGCCACAUCACCUUAUUAUCCAAUGGGUGGUUCUAUGUACAGCUCGUAUCCAGUAGAGCGUAAUAUGCCAUAUCCCGCCGGUUACAGCAUAUCCAACGAGUCGUAUUACAAUAGCAAACAACCGUAUAUGCCAUACACUCCACGCCGUAGUCUGAGUUCCACUAUGACCCCUGGCGUUGUAAAGUCAUCUUCUUUACCAUCUCAUCACAUACCGAUUGACCAAAUGCAGUAUAAAGGUUGGUAUGGCCAAAUGGGUAGCAUGGAUCCACAUCUCUUGCAGCCCAGGUCGGUAUGCCACCCAAACUCCAAUGAACCUCCAGGAUCACAAAGGACACCGCGGUUCAACUCAGAGAUUCUGUAUAACGAAUUAACAUCACGAUUACAAAGGGAGCUAACCAAUAAACGUCACGUAAGCUCUGGAAGGCCUAAAAUGAAUAGGCAUAAUUAUGUUUGUGCCAUGUGCAAUGCCAAAACAACACCUCAGUGGCGCUAUAUAAAAGGAACGUCAGUGUGUAACGCAUGUUAUAUGCGUAUACGUAAGCAAAAGCUUAAGCAACAGCAGCAGGACGAGGAGAUUGCGCGCUGUGAAACCCUUAGUGCCGGAACGGACGGCGCAGAGGACGGCCAUCCCGAAGAUACAGGUACACACGAAAGAUCCAGCUAAUCAUCUAUUAUCAUAUGUAUCAUCGUAUGUCAGAGAUGCUGUUGCUCCCAUUGAUAACUAACAUCUCGAACUCACGGUCACAUCUAAUAUCACGUGUCACUUUGAGUCGAUGAUUCUGCGCAGUGCAGCUAG